CGCACAGUAAGUACUUGUCAGAAAAGUCGAACAUAGUGGUGUCGUCAUCAUCAGGCGCAGAUUACAGCGAAUGUAACACGCAGCAAUAUGGAUUCAGCUAAAGACGCUCCUCCACCCAAGCAGCAACCUAUGAUCUACAUUUGUGGAGAAUGCCACACUGAAAAUGAAAUAAAAUCCAGAGACCCCAUCAGAUGCAGAGAAUGUGGUUACAGAAUAAUGUACAAGAAAAGGACAAAAAGAUUGGUUGUAUUUGAUGCCCGUUGAAAUAAAAGAAAAUAACAACUUGUGGAAUAUACAAUAUGUUUUGUGCAGUGCAUAUUUCUGAAGGGGUUUGUUUAAGAAAACCAAACGUAAUUUGUGUUGUUUGGUUUUGAAACUGUAAAUAAUAAACGUUUUGUAAUAAAGACUUUACAACUGCA